CGAGAUGGACGGCGCGUCUUCUAAUUCGUGGGAUCACGGCUUUCGCUCGCUCUGCCGCGCGCGCACACGCUCUCUCUCUUUCUCGCUCCCGCAGACGGACGGCAAGAGGAGGCGAGAGUGAGAAAGAUUUCUCCGAUCCGCUUUACUUAUUUACUUACUUAUUGAUUUGUUGCCCGAAUUCUUCCAUCGAUCGAAGCAGCGGUAUUGGCAUUCUUUUGCCGGUGGCUGAAGGCAACAUGAGCGACGCUCUGGGACACAGCUUACCCAAGGAGGCUCUUCGUCGGCCUUGUGCCAUAGAGAAUCGGGGUAGAGCUCAUCCGGGGCUUUCUGGAAGUUUUCUAUGCGGAGUCCCAUCGGGGUCUCACCGGAACCAGAAGCCGCUGCUUGCUACCAGAUUUCUCGGGAACAAUUUGAGAACGGCGCGGACAAAAUUAUCCGAGCAAACGCGCAGGGCGGUCUCCGCGCUUACUCGUGCCGUCUUGGCUGCGGAUCCUGCUUCGGAGGAGCUCUCUGGCAAAUUCAACCUGGACUCGGAUUCUGAACUACAGAUUGCUGUUCGCAGCCCUAGUCGAGGUUCUCUUGUUCAGAUUGAAAUUCGAGUUACCAACAGCAGUGGCUCCUUGGUUCUUCACUGGGGUGUAAUUCGUCAGGGAAGAAAGGAUUGGUUUCUUCCUUCUAGCCGUCCCGAUGGAACAAAAGUAUAUAAAAACCGUGCUCUUCGGACACCUUUCGUAAAAUCUGGUUCUGACUCCUCACUGACUAUAGAGAUUGAUGAUCCCAAUAUACAAUCACUUGAGUUUCUUGUUUUUGAUGGGGAACAAAACAGAUGGUUUAAAAACAAUGGUCAAAACUUCCAGGUUCAACUCUUUGGAAAGGGCCAUGGAAAGCAAAAUGCUUCAGUCUCUGGGAAUCCAAAUGUUGACCUGCCUGAGGAACUUGUGCAGAUUCAAGCAUUUCUGAGGUGGGAAAGAAAGGGUAAACAAACAUAUACACCUGAUCAGGAGAAGAACAACUUAGUAGGUAGAGUCUGCAACAUCUUUCAGGAGGAGUAUGAAGCAGCCAGAGCUGAGUUACUAGAGGAAAUUAGUAGAGGUACUUCCAUAAAGGAACUCCGGGCAAAAUUGACAAAAACUCCUGAUGCUGAGGAGGAUAGGACAAAGAGGUCUCCUUCUACUGAGGGUGAAAUUCCCAAAGAUCUUGUCCAAGUACAAGCAUACAUACGGUGGGAGAAAGCCGGGAAACCAAACUAUCCGCCAGAGAUGCAACUUAGGGAAUUUGAGGAAGCAAGAAAAGAACUGCAACUUGAGUUAGAUAAAGGAACACCUCUUGCCGAGCUACGGAAAAAGAUCAUGAAGGGAGAUAUACAGACUAAAGUCUCCAAGCAACUGAAGACUAAAAAGUAUUUCACUGUAGAAAGAAUUCAGCGCAAAAAAAGGGACAUAAUGCAGCUGCUUAAUAAACAUGCUCCCGAAAUUAUAGAACAGAAGAUCUCUGACUUACCAAAAGCUUCAAAAGUGCUAGAACCCUGCUUAAAGCCUAUAGAGGAGCAGGAUGGUGGUCUCAUUCUGAACAAGAAACAUUUUAAGCUGGAUGAUAAGGGGCUUCUGGUACUUGUGACCAAUGCUGUUGGUAAGACAAAGGUUUAUUUGGCUACAGAUUGGAAAGGGCCGCUUAUUCUUCACUGGGGAUUAUCAAAGAAGGCUGGAGAGUGGAUGGCGCCCCCCUCAAGCAUGUUGCCUCCAGGUUCAGUAUUGCUAGACAAGUCAUGUCAGACCCCAUUUGGUGAGGCUUUCUCGGCAGAUCUGUUUUACCAGGCUAUUGAAAUAGAGAUUGAUGGAGGGGAUUACAAUGGAAUGCCCUUUGUCCUUCUUUCUGAUGGAAAAUGGAUGAAGGAUAAUGAUUCUGACUUUUACAUUGAUUUUGGUAGUGAGACUAUCGAGAGUUGGAAGGAUGCUAGAGAUGGAAGAGGUACUGCAAAGUCCUUGCUGGACAAGAUUGCAGAAUUGGAAAGCGAUGCCCAGAGAUCUCUUAUGCAUAGAUUUAAUAUUGCAGCAGAUCUGAUGGAGCAAGCCAGAGAUGCUGGGCAACUUGGUUUUGCUGGAAUUCUUGUUUGGAUGAGAUUUAUGGCUACAAGACAACUCAUAUGGAAUAAGAACUACAAUGUGAAACCACGUGAGAUUAGUAAAGCUCAGGACAGGCUUACAGACCUGCUUCAGAAUAUGUACAAAAUCUGCCCCCAGUACAGGGAGAUCUUGAGAAUGAUCAUGUCCACCGUUGGUCGUGGAGGUGAAGGGGAUGUUGGGCAACGUAUCCGGGAUGAGAUCUUGGUAAUCCAGAGAAAUAAUAACUGCAAGGGUGGGAUGAUGGAGGAAUGGCAUCAGAAGCUACAUAAUAAUACAAGCCCAGAUGACGUUGUAAUCUGUCAGGCACUAAUUGAUUACAUUAAAAGUGAUUUUGAUAUUAAAGUUUACUGGGAUACCUUGAGUAAAAGUGGCAUAACAAGGGAGCGUUUACUAAGCUAUGACCGUGCCAUUCAUUCCGAACCAAGCUUCAGAAGUGACCAGAAGGAGGGACUUUUGCGUGAUCUAGGAAAUUACAUGAGGACUCUGAAGGCUGUUCACUCAGGUGCAGAUCUUGAGUCCGCUAUUGCAACUUGUAUUGGGUACAAAUCUGAGGGUCAAGGCUUUAUGGUUGGCGUGCAAAUAGAUCCAAUAAGGAGUUUGCCAUCUGGAUUUUGUGACCUGCUGAAAUUUAUACUAGACCACCUUGAAGAUAAGAUGGCGGAGCCACUGCUUGAGGGCUUGCUGGAGGCACGAGUGGAACUUCGACAGUUGCUGCUCAAUUCCCAUGAACGUACGAAGGAUCUUCUCUUUUUGGAUAUUGCCCUUGACUCUACAGUCAGGACAGCAAUUGAAAGGGCAUAUGAGGAACUGAAUAAUGCUGAACCAGAGAAAAUCAUGUACUUAAUUAUCCUAGUUCUUGAAAAUCUUGCUCUGUCAACAGAUGAUAACGAGGAUCUCAUAUACUGCUUGAAGGGAUGGAAUCAUGCUCUAGAGAUGUCCAAGCAAAAAGAUGAUCAAUGGGCAUUAUAUGCAAAAUCAUUUCUUGAUAGAACCCGGCUUGCCCUGUCAAGCAAAGCAGAGCUAUACCAUCAAAUCCUGCAACCUUCUGCCGAAUACCUUGGAUCAUUGCUUGGAGUUGAUCAAUGGGCAGUAAGCAUAUUUACCGAAGAAGUUAUUCGUGGGGGAUCAGCUGCCUCUUUAUCAGCACUUCUUAAUCGACUAGAUCCUGUUCUUCGGAAAGUGGCACAUCUGGGAAGUUGGCAGGUUAUAAGCCCUGUUGAAGUUGCUGGAUAUGUUGCUGUCGUAAAUGAACUGCUUGCUGUUCAGAACAAAUCUUAUGGACGGCCGACAAUUUUAGUGGCAAGAAGUGUCAAGGGGGAGGAGGAACUACCAGAUGGCGCAGUGGCUGUGCUGACACCUGACAUGCCAGAUGUUCUUUCUCAUGUCUCUGUGAGAGCAAGAAAUAGCAAGGUUUGCUUUGCUACAUGCUUUGACUCCAACAUUCUGACUGAACUCCAAGGAAAUGAAGGGAAGCUGUUUCGCCUGAAACCUACUUCUUCAGAUAUCUUAUAUAGUGAAAUAGAGGAAAUUGAGAUAUCAAGUUCAGCUGGCAUAGGAGAUGAUCAGUCUCCACCAUUUGUAAGUUUGGUCAGGAAGCAGUUUUCUGGUAGAUAUGCCAUAUCAGCUGAAGAAUUUACCAGUGAAAUGGUUGGCGCUAAAUCACGUAACAUCUCGUUUUUAAAAGGAAAAGUGCCAUCUUGGAUUGGAAUUCCAACAUCAGUUGCACUACCAUUUGGAGUCUUUGAGAAGGUUCUGUCAGAUAAUAAAAACCAGGCUGUAGCUGACAACCUACAGAUGCUUAAGGAAAGGUUAGGACAAGGAGAAUUUGGUGCACUUGAUGAAAUACGCAGAGUGGUUCUGCAACUUGCAGCUCCACCUCAAUUGGUACAAGAGCUUAAGGAGAAAAUGCAGGGUGCUAGAAUGCCAUGGCCUGGUGAUGAAGGUGUGCAUCGGUGGGAACAAGCAUGGAUGGCAGUAAAAAAGGUGUGGGCUUCAAAGUGGAAUGAGAGAGCUUACUUCAGCACCCGCAAGGUCAAGUUAGACCAUGACUUUCUCUGCAUGGCUGUCCUGGUUCAAGAAAUCAUAAGUGCAGACUAUGCAUUUGUCAUCCAUACUACUAAUCCCUCAUCUGGAGACUCAUCAGAGAUAUAUGCUGAGGUGGUGAAAGGACUAGGAGAAACUCUAGUAGGAGCCUAUCCAGGUCGUGCACUGAGCUUUGUCUGCAAGAAAAAUGACCUCAACUCUCCCAAGGUACUGAAUUUCCCUAGCAAACCAAUUGGCCUCUUCAUAAGACGGUCGAUUAUCUUCAGAUCUGACUCUAAUGGUGAAGAUUUAGAAGGUUAUGCCGGUGCAGGGCUUUAUGACAGUGUGCUGAUGGAUGAGGAAGAGAAGGUGGUGCUCGACUAUACUUCUGAUCCGCUGGUGGUGGAUCGCAAUUUCCGGCUGUCCAUACUCUCCAGCAUUGCAAAAGCAGGGGCGGCAGUUGAGGAAUUGUAUGGCACUCCGCAGGAUAUUGAAGGUGUGGUAAAGGAUGGGGGAAUUUUUGUUGUCCAAACAAGACCACAGAUGUGAUUUGCUAUCGUAGAACAUCCAAUUUUUACUGUGCAGCGAAAGGAAAGAAAAAAAUAAUCCUGCAGGGACCCUUAUCUCUCUCUCUCUGCUUAGAUCCUGUUAUUCUUGUAAUUUUAGAACUACUUGCUACAAGUUGUUUGUGCGAAUAAUUACUUAUGAAUUGACAAUAUAAAUAGUUCUGCAUAAUAAAAUUUAUAAAAUUGUAUUUUCAUAAAAAA